AUGCCUAAUCCCUGCUCACCAUCGUUGCCCCCCACUCACUCUCUUCGCUCGCCAUUAACCCUCUCACUCUCGCUCUCGCCACUGACCCUCUCACUCUCGCCAUUGACCGUCGUCGCCCCCCACGCACCACUCACCACUCUCCACAUUGCUGCACUACUGACCGUCGCUGUGCCGCCCUCACCAUCGUCGCUGCGCCGCCUCACCACUGUCAUCACCCCCAAAUCAGAGAAAAGCGUUUGCCAUCAUAACUCACCACUCACGGCGUCACCACUCACCACUCCAGGAAGACUCUGCGCUCACUCAUCUUCCCCACUCAUCUUCAUCAUCGCUUCUCUUCGCUGCGCGGUCACAUCACGAAGACUCUGCGCUCAACUGAAAGCUUUCUUCAUUCGCGAGGAGAACUCGUGAAUUUAGGGGUUUUAUUCCAUUAACACAGGUGAGUUUG